UUUUGUUGUCCAGAACGAUUCUCUUCUUCAGCAACCAGAAAACGAGCUACUUAAAAAGCUGAAAGUGUUUAAAAAUAUGUUGGAGCGUUUCAUGCAGUUGUUACAAAUCCCUAAGCAUGAAAUACUAGCUAACUAUAAAGACAAGCUAGGUACUUACGAGAGGCAGAGUAUUAGUGUCGUCAAUUCAAAUAAGCGGGCCGCUCAGCAGCAAUCACAAGCACUUCCUCCACAACAUAUGCAAUCUUUGCAGCAAUCACAACACACACAUUCUAAUAAGAUACGAAUUAAGCAAGAGAAUCAGGAGAGUUCAGCAAAUUUAUUGCCAACACAAGUUCUACAAUCACACCCACAGUUACAGCAGCAGGUAGAUAUGCAACAAAGGCUUGCAGCAGCAGCAGGUGGUUUACGGAAGCAAAAUGUGAUGGAUAUACAGAAACGGCUAUGUCCACAAAAGAGAGCCACGGCAGAGGCUUCAUCAAAUUCGGCAGCUCAGACUGACAAUCCAAAUGACGGAGAUUGGCAAGAAGAAGUUUAUCAAAAGAUAAAAGUUAUGAAGGACCUUUAUCUGUUAGAUUUGAAUGAGAUGCACCAGAAAAGUGUUUCCAAAUUGCAGCAGCACAAUUAUCUCCCUCAGCAACCAAAAAACAAGCAACUCGAGAAGCUGAAAAUGUUCAAAAACAUGUUGGAGCGUUUCAUGCAAUUCUUACAAAUCCCUAAGCAUGGAAUAUUACCUAUUUAUAAAGAGAAGUUGGGUACUUAUGAGAAGCAGAUUAUUAAUGUCCUCAAUUCAAAUAGGAGGAAACCAGCGGCCCCUCAAUUGACACAUUCUCAAUUGACACAAGUUCAACAAUCACACCCGCAGCUACAGCAGCAGGUGGAUAUGCAACAAAGGCUUGCAACAGCAGGUGGUUUACAGAAGCAAAAUGUGAUAGAUAUGCAGAAACGGCUAUGUCCGCAAAAGAGAGCUACGCCAGAGGCUUCAUCAACUCAAACUGACAAUCCAAAUGGCAGAGAUUGGCAAGAGGAAGUGUAUCAAAAGGGACGGAGACUACUACAACGUCCAAUUGGCUCCCACAAUUGGACUUCUCAUCUCAUCUCAUCUGGAUUGAAAAUCGAUCAUCAAAGAGAAGAUAUGGAUACGAGUAAUGGGAGUCCUACUCAGGUUGCAGGUGGCGCUGUUGGUGACCCCACCACGGAAUCAGGUGAUUGGAGGGCUCAACUGGCAGCAGAUUCACGGGAAAGAAUAACAUACAAGAUAUUGGAUACGUUGAAGAGGCAUCUUCCAUACUCUGGAGACGAGGGACUAGAGGAGCUUAAGAAAAUAGCUGUGAGGUUUGAAGAGAAGAUCUAUACUGCUGCUACAAGCCAGUCUGAUUAUUUACAGAAGAUACCGUUGAAGAUGCUGACUAUGGAGACUAGAUCACAAAAUCCCAUAUCAGACCCCAUGCAGUCGAACUCUGCUGCCACUAGUGAAUAAGUUCAUAUAAGAAAUGCAGUGAGUGGGCCCCAACAACUCACUUUCAUAAUCUUGGUAUAUCGUCCUUUGAAGUUAUGCUACCCUGGCAACAAGUAUAGUUGUAAUCUUCCUUUCUUGUAAUUUGCAUAUUUGAAUAAAAACUUAUCUAAACCUUCAUAGUGUAUAAUAUGUUGGGUAUGCAUAAUGAUAUUCCAAUAUAUAUGUGGCGUUCAUCCA